AUGUCGUCCAACAAGGGACAGUUCGAGCAGGGCUUCCAGCCCGAUGUUCAGCAUCAACAGGCCCCCGGUCUCGAGUCCAAGCUGGACCCCCUGCCCAAGGUCGACGAACUCCCAACACCUGAGGGAGGAGCAGAGAAGUACAAGGCGGCCGGCAAACUCAAGGGCAAGCGCGCCAUCAUCACCGGUGGAGACUCCGGCAUUGGCCGCUCAAUUGCCGUUCUCUUCGCCAUGGAGGGAGCCGACAGCUUCAUCGCCUACCUCCCCGAGGAAGAGAAGGACGCACAAGACACCAAGAAGAUGGUCGAGGAGAAGGGACAGAAGUGCUACACCCUAGCCGUCAACCUGAAGGAGAGGGCAAACUGCCAGAAGGUUAUCGACGAGGCUGUCAAGCAGAUGGGUGGCAUUGAUAUCCUUGUCAACAACCACGCUUACCAGAUGAUGAUCAACGACAUCCACGACCUUUCUGAGGAACAAUGGCUCCACACCUUCGACACAAACAUCCACCCCUUCUUCUACCUCUCCAAGUACGCCCUCCCCCACAUGAAGCGCGGCGCAACCAUCAUCAACAACGCCUCCAUCAACGCCUACGUCGGCCGCCCCGACCUCCUCGACUACACCUCCACCAAGGGCGCCAUUGUCGCCUUCACCCGCGGUCUCUCAAACCAGUACGUCGGACGGGGUAUCCGCGUCAACGCCGUUGCACCUGGUCCUGUUUGGACUCCUCUCAUUCCUGCUACCAUGAACGACGAGGCUAUCAAGCAGUUCACUGCCCCGAUUGGCAGGCCGAGCCAGCCUAGCGAGAUUGCUACUUGCUUUGUUUUCUUGGCUAGUAAUGAUAGCAGCUCGAUUAGUGGGCAGACUAUUCACGCCAACGGUGGUACUAUCGUUAACGGUUGA